CCGGAAUGCCUACGCUUGCAGUUUAUGUUUCGCCAUGGUUUUCCCAUAACAAAGUAUUUACUGCAGGUUGACGGGCGUCAUGUCAUGUAACUGAAGCUCCUGAUGAUUUGAGACUUGUGCAGACGUGAGCACGAUCAUCUACAAGAACAAGAUGGAAGGUGGUGGAAAGUCAAGAUCUGUCAAAACCAAGACAAAAGUGAAAGAUUCUAGAUAUGUGCCCUAUGUCAGAGGAUUCAAGGUGCCGGGCAAGGAGGAAAGAAUGAAAGCUAUAGGGUUUGACAUCAAGGGAAUUCCACCUCAAUUCCUUCCCUCUUCAGACACUAACUUCUUUUCAUUGGUUCCACAACCAACAUCUAUUGAUGACUGGCUGGCUCAGUACAAUGAAGAAGGGCAGACGUACACAGCAUUUCUUGAUGAAUGUCCGUGGUUGUCGACAAGGAAAGUCACAGGCAUGAAACACAGAUUUGUCUCACGCAGGGGAACAAUGACGAAGAAAUACCCAGAAGGAAAGAUUUACAUAGUCCCAGUUGGAAACUUUGAUGACAAGUCCGGUAUUGUGUUUGAUGAUCUUGUUGACUAUGCGAGCAGAUUUCUCUGCCUUCCUGUGGCAGUGCUUCCAGAAAUGAAGUUAGAAUUUUCAAAAGAUCAACUUUUUCUAACUGAAGAAGCUUCUGUUCAUCCAUCAGGUAGAAAGAGCCGCGCCCGUCGUGCUAAAAUAGAUAUACGACAUCAUUCCAAAAGUAAACACCUGCAGAUGGAUGUGGUAUCAGUUCUCCAAGAACUGAGAAGAAAGAUUCCCCAAGAUGCCCUCUGUGUAAUUGGUCUCACAAUGUACGACCUGUAUGGUGAUGAUACAGAUCUGUUUGUUGCUGGAAUGGCUGCUGGUAAUCACAAUGUAGCCGUGUUCAGUGUACUCAGAUAUGAUCCAAGGCUGACAUUCUCUAAGGAGUUCUGGCAUGAUAUCAAACGAACAGAAAAGGUUUCUGACCAGGACAGAAAAAGGCUGGUUCUGCAAAGAAGCUGUAAAUUGGUAGUGCAUGAAAUUAAUCAUCUUUUGGGGAUCGAUCACUGUAUUUAUUUUGACUGUUGUAUGAAUGGGUCGGGCCACCUGGCUGAGGAUUUCCGCCAGCCCAUGCACCUGUGCCCUGUGGACCUCCACAAGCUGCAGGCCCUGACAGGGUUGAAUGUGACUGAUCGGUACGAGAAGCUGCUGGAGUUCUACAAGAAGCAUGGGAUGGAGUGUGAGGCAGCAUGGGUGGAGAAGAGGAUCCUGUUUAUUCAGGCUGAGGAACAGAAGCAGGGGAAGGCAAGUCAGCUGAAAUCACACUUACAUGAUUUAGAAGAUGGUCACGUGAAGCGUCACAUUUCUCAGGAUCCCUUUGAGAAAAAGGAGGCUAGUGGUAAAACAAGAAGGAAAAGCAAGUCAAAAUCCCGAAAAUCUGGAAGAUAUGUGCCUUAUGUUAAAGGAUUCAAAGUUCCAACCAUUAAAGAAAGAACAGAUGCAAUAGGAUUUGAUACUAACAACAUCCCACCCCAGUUCCGUCCAAUAUCAGACAUCACUGUCUUUGCUGCCAUUCCACGGCCUACCUCUAUUGAUGAUUGGCUGGCACAAUAUAAUGUGAAAGGGCAGUCGUUUUCAGAAUAUGUUCAACACUGCCCCUGGAUGUCAAACGUGAAGCACAAGAAAAUGAAUCACAAAUUUGUCCCAGAUGGAAAGACAUUAAGUGAGAAGUACCCAGAAGGGAAGAUCUAUGUUGUGCAAGUUGGGGACUUUGAUGAAAAAUCUUGUUUUGAUUUUACUGAGCUUGUUGAUUAUGCAAAGAGGUACCUCUGUCUGCCGAUAACAACAUUGCCAGAAUUGAAGCUGGAAUUUUCAAACCAACAACUUGUACUGCUUGAAGAUCCUGACGUCAAUCCUGUGAUAAAGACCCGAUACAAUUCAGAAUUCAAAUAUCUCCAGAUGGAUGUUGGAUCCGUUCUCUCGGAACUGGAACAGAAACUACCCACUGAUGCCCUGUGUUUGAUUGGGCUCACCAUGUAUGAUCUGUAUGGAGAUGAUACAGAUUUGUUUGUGGCAGGAAUGGCCUCCGGGAAACGAAAUGUUGCUAUUUUUAGUGUGUGUCGAUAUGACCCAAGACUUACUUUCUCCACUGAAUUCUGGUAUGAUAUAAGUGACACUGAGAAUGUGUCGGAUCAAGACAGAAAACGGCUUAUUUUUCAGCGCAGUUGUAAACUUGUGGUCCAUGAAAUUGGUCAUUUACUGGGUAUUGGGCACUGUAUUUAUUUUGACUGUUGUAUGAAUGGGUCCGGCCACCUGGCUGAGGAUUUCCGCCAGCCCAUGCACCUGUGCCCUGUGGACCUCCACAAGCUGCAGGCCCUGACAGGGUUGGAUGUGACUGAUCGGUACGAGAAGCUGCUGGAGUUCUACAAGAAGCAUGGGAUGGAGUGUGAGGCAGCAUGGGUGGAGAAGCGGAUCCUGUUUAUUCAGGCUGAGGGACAGAAGCAGGGGAAGAAUUAGUGAAAGGAUGUGAGGAGUUGCAGUUUGUCUUUCCUCAGUUUGCAGCAGCUAAGUCAGUGAGCCUGUCCAAACAUAUACUUACAUAUACGUCCACCAAAUCCUGUUUGUCGCCUAUUAUGAAUAGCAUGGAUUGGAAAAGAACAAUUCCAAUCCGAAUCUUCAUGGGGUAAAAUGUCAGUAAUCAUUUACAUGUACUAGUGUGUGCCAAUAGAGAAAACGUAUUACAUUUGUGUUUUUAAAACUUAAUGACAUUAAUCAUAUAAUGGGUAGGUUUAUCCGCAGGAAAUAGCGGACAGAGAUGCAAAUAUCAAAGGUCAAGAAGGGACUUCUUUCAGUGUUUACAAACAAAUAUCGCGUCGCUCAGACAAUCCAAUCAGAAUUAACCAAUGGGAAUCUGGAGAAACAACUGGGAUAAUUGCUAUCAUUAUCAAAAGUGUAGCCUAAUAUACUGAAAAUCAGUGUCUAACUGUGAUGUAGCUAAGGCAUUUUGUGGCAAACCCUGCUAAAUACAAUGUUUAUUCCUAAUAUAGGAUAUUUACCAUCCCCAAACACACUUGCGUGAUAACACUGUCAAAUAACAGAAAUAUUGUUCUAAUUGGCAUUAAACUCAAAGCAGUAGUAUCUUAAUCUUAAAAAAAUUAUUCUGGUAACAUUCAUUGUUGAUUUGCACCAGUUAAAGCUUGCUUUAAACCAAACUUACUCACUCAAAAGGGGCGGCCAGGUAGCCAAGUGGUUAAAGCAAUCGCUCGUCACGCUGAAGACAUGGGUUCAAUUCAAGACAUGGAUACAAUGUUUGAAGCCCAUUUCUGGUGUCCCUCACUGUGAUAAUGCUGGAAUUUUGCUAAAAGCGGCGUAAAACCAUAAUCACUCACUCACUACUCACUCAAAAUCACAGUAGAGAUUCAAGUCUUUUGUGAUUCCAGUGCAUACCACUGUGUUAAUUUAACAGAUUUGAGGUGACAGACUUGAUCAUGUUGAUAAUGGAGUUUGACUUCCACAUUAAUGUAUGUAGUUCUAAAAAUACCUCUAAACAAUUUUGCAAUAAAAAAUUGAAAGGAACUGACACCUUUGACAUUUUUUACACCAGGGAAUAUUGAGGAUGUAUGAAGAAAUACGAAAAGAUUUCACUUAUCAAAAGGAAAACAGUUUAAUUGUCAAGUCUUCUACUGUUGUCAGUGUUUUUUCUGUUAUUAGACAGCGAAAAGAAAAGUUUAAAUAGGUAUACAUCUGGAACAUGAUAUAGAGGUUGUUUUUUAGCACUGUGAUCACCUAGCUGUCCCCCAGUUACAUCACUGUGAUCUGUAAUAGUCAAAUCUGAACCUGACGAACCAGUGACUGAUAUCACUUGCCACCCAAUUCAUUUAGUUGCCUCUUACAAAUAAAGUUUGCUGGGGACCUGUUCUAAUAUGGAAUCCUCAUCAGUGGGAGAACAUAACAGAAUAUGUGACCAAAUAGCAAUGGUGUACUUCAUCAUUGGGUUAUUUUAACCUUAAACAUAUCAUUUGGCAUUGCAAGUGUUAAGUAAUGACUGAUUUUAGAAUUCAAAUUGUAUAAAUUGAUCCCUCUUGCCUUUUGACCUAUAGAUGCUUUUCUUGAUGAACUGUGAAUAAUAUAAACCAACUUCCCUACUUAAUUUUAAUUAUUGAUUUAAAAAGUAUUGAUCUUGGGAGAUGAUAUUAAGGAGUGUUCGUCCGACUUAACAAUAUAAGUUAUGUAAAAUAUUUUCAUAUGAAGAAUUUACCAUUUAUUUUCAACAUUAUUAAUGCACAAUGACUUAUAUGCACAUUGACACCUGUACCAUCUUUAGUCAGGACGUAAUAUCAGGGAAUUAGCCAUGACUGUGAUUAGAAUGUUCUAAAGGAAUAUAUUUAUUUGUUUACUUUCUUUAUUGCCAGCAUUGUAAAAUUGGCAAGAGUAUACAUGUUGUAACAUUUAUUAAUUUCUCAAAGUUUCAUCAAGUAUACAUUAUAUAAAUAUUUGUUUGUUCCUGCACCAUUUAUUAAUAGCUUUUAUGAUUCUUAAUGCCAAAUUAUUUUUAUCAAAUUGUGUUUGACAUUUUUUGUUAUUGAUAAAACAAACUACUGGUAAAAGUGUGACUUGUGUUUCACAUGUAAGUAACCUCUUUUUGACUUAUUCAUGUACAUGAGUAUAGGUAUUUUAACAAGAUGUAGUUUAAUUUUUGGUCAUGCUGACUUCUUAAGUUGUUUUGCCUGGAGGAUUUUCCAUAUUCUGUUACAAUGUGUUUAUAUGUACAUAUAUUUUUAUCAUGUUAUCUUUGUUUAUUUGACAUAAUAUCAUAAUUAUGUGGUCAUUGUAUGUUAUAAUUAUGUGUUCAUUGUAAAUUUGUGUCCUAAAUGUUAUACACUUCACUGACUAUUUAGUACCUGUUGUGUGAUUUUCUAAAUACAUUAAUAUAUUCAAAUAUAUCUAUGCCCAUGUCAUGCAUAAAUGUAUGUAGUUCUAAAACUACAUCUCUUAAACAUCU